AUGUUAAAAACUAUCUGUCGUAUCAGUCGGAGUCGGCUGUCUGUUUGCAUCACACCGGUCGGACGCACGAUCGCUGCCCGCAUGUUCCCGCGCGAGAAAGUUACCGGAAUACACGAGCUGUUCUUUGGCUCCUCUGUUUAAAGAUCUAUUAUAAGGAGCAGUGAAAAUGAGCACGCCACGAAAAAGAACUAUAGGACGUGUCAUCCUGGAAGAAAUAUAUACGUAUUGCGCCUUUUGGAUUGCGGUAUCGGCUCUACCAGCAUUAGCCGUCUCUUACAUUGUCGUUCGAAUAAGCAAGCAUUUAUGGCUCAAGCUGUUAUCGAGCCGAUACCCAGGUCUGGAGUUCAUCAAAACUGACACAGUUCGCUCUUUACUCGACACUCAUAGAAAUCAGGGAAUUAUAAAUGUAUUGCUUUCUGUGAAAGGAAUUCCAAUGAUUGACGAAUUAAAAUACCAGCUGACACAACAUGUGAUCGAUAAAAGAGACAAGGAUGGCGAGCUCAUGUUCCCAAGACUGCGGCACCAACUCGUUUCCUGCUGGGGUAACUAUGCGUGGGACAGGAACGUGGCCUUCAGGACGGAGAACCACUUCAUCGUAGCUAACGCUGUCUACAGGGGACGGCAAGUUAGCGAUAGUAACAUUCAGGAGUACGUUAGCGACAUAGUGUCGAAAUACUUUCCACCUGAUCAACCUCCUUGGCAGUAUAUUAUCAUACCAUACACUACAUCAGAGCCAAAGUACUACAUUUUAAUCCGAGUACACCAUCUACUGUUAUCAGGGAAGCAAUCCCUAAACAUUGGAGAUUUACUGCUCGUCGAACAAUUGCAAUCAAGCGAGAGAUUAAAUACACAUGAAUGUGCUCCGCAAAGUCCUUUGACGCGGCUAUUCCCAACGCCAUCCGCUAUUCCAGAACUGUGGGAGAAGUUGAACGAAAAUCUGUCCAACACCUGGAACGAGUUCGUCUCAGAAUAUGAUCCAGUGGAGAGUCCUCGAGCACUGAAGAGCUUGCCUGGCGCGUUCCAUGUUGCAGGUUUAGUACUCAUAUCAGGUGUCAGCGCGUUAAGAGAGCUAACUAAAAGUUCAAACGGUCGGGACGCGCAGUCAAGCGGACCCAUAACGGCCACCAUGCUGCUAGCUGCGAUUCAAAAAGAGUGCAAGCGAAGAAAUUUGACUAUACUUAGGAUUCUUAUCUCACCACUUGUAACAGCGGACCCUAGGAAGUGGCCACGUCAUACAUUUGGGUCAAUGUUCUUUACUAUACGUACUUUAAUAAAGUUCCCGUUCCGUUUGAAAGACGAACUUGUUGCACUAAACGAACUUAAAAGGUUUGGGCACGCGAAACAACCCGACACUUUGACAUGGAAGUACGGGGAACUGGCGCAGCUGUGUGUGAGAGCUACUAGUGAGGCGUGGCGAGGGAUGAUGGAAAUCUACAGAGCUCCCGCUAAACUCUGGACUGAUACUAUCAGAGCUGACGACGGACAGAGACAUUUGCUGCAGACAAUUUCUUUAUGCGGAAGAAAGGUAGCCGCAUGGUCGAAGCCAGUGUCUCGCGAGGGAGUGGAGCGCGCUGCGCGUGCGCUCGGCGUGUCGUGCACAGACAUCGCGCUGUUCGCUGCCACCGACGCUCUGCGGGCGUUCUUUGAACAGGCGCACGCGCAUCCGCCAGAAGUUGUGCUUACUACGGCGAGGGCCGCCUCCGAAGAAUUCCUCUUCACUUUUUCGGAAGGACAGGGGAAGAUGUAUAAAAAGUCGCAAACGGGCGGCAUGAUCUGCUUAGCAUUACCAAUAGGUGCUACACCACGCCGUAUCGCUUCAGUAGUAGAGCACGCGUGCAGUCGCCAGAAGGCGCUGGCGGGCGCGUGGGCUGCGCAGGCGCGGUGCGGCGCUCUCACCAGGGCCGUUCCCUCGCCCUUCGCCAGGCUGACACUCAACCUCCUGUCUCGAAGAUAUGCUGUUUCAUACGCGGAGAUCAACGCUCCGGCUAAUGCGCGGCAACGGAACACGCUGUGGGGCCAGACUGUUGAUGAUGUAGUGUAUUGGCGUCCACCGCAAGCUAAUAUUAGAAAGCAUGUCAAUCACAGUGAUUCAGUACGCAGACACAAUCCGGAUGGCCGUGAUGACAGACUCUCGUCUCUCGCCCUCGCACACGGUACCGGCGACGCGUUGGUCAGUCGUAGUAGAGCAACUAAUAUCUAAAGUCGACCAGGGAAUCGCCAGAAUAUCUGCGCAAGCGCAAAUACCUGAUGUGCCACAGAUCGUCACAACUACAGGGCCUGAAGUUAGUAGUAAUAAUGAAGACGAUUUUCAUGAAGAAUCUAGCCAGAGUACGCUUAAGCCACCUUCUCCAACCAUCGCGAGUCCGCCACCGCUGCGCCGGAGCAUCACUCAUCAUUAGCUAUAAAUAUUACAUAGUAAAGAAACGAGUUUACACAUGUACUGUGUACUGUUAAGGUAAUGCUGGAUUUAUUGUUUGCCAUGACAUUUAAAAAAAAUAUAUAAAUAAAAUAAUAAUUUUGAAAGUUAGCCAACCCACCAAAGUUAUCGGAUUACGAUUUAGUACAUUAUGGUAAUUCAUACACGACUCGUUUCACUAUUAUUGCUAUUCUUAGAUGAAGACUAUCAUAGAAUGAGGUGGGACAAAUUCCUGUACAUAUUAGACUGUUAUUAGAUUAUAUAUUGAGUGAUCAAUUGAGACAAGAUCUCUUAUUUAGUACUUAAGUUCGAUUUUGGACACCAAAAUUUGAAUUUAUUAGUGAGAUAGUCAUAGACUCCAGAAUAUUGCACGCGUACGCAUGAUUUUUUGAAAUUACUAAUCAGAAAGCGUAUUAAACUUUAUAAGGUUCUUUCACUAGGUAGGAAUUGAAUCAAAAUAUUAUACGCUGUAAGUUGUUUCUCGUAAGGCUGUAGGUCGCAAACGACAUGCAUUUGUUUAUAUUCAGAAAUUAUUUGAAAUUAAUUAAGAAUAAUUGGCAGCGGCACUGUAGCCUUUUGUAACCUCACCAGGAAAAUAAAAACCGCACCAUGUUAUCUUUAAAUAUGGAACUAAUUUCUUUUCCUGACAACGUUAACUUUAAAAUUAAAACAGCAAAAGUGAUCCCACAAAUCAGGUUUUUUUAUUUUCCUGCAUAGGCAAUACUCUUACAUACGAUUUAUAAUUUGCUGUAGUGUUCUGCGAUCUGCAGUCGUGUAGAUAUAUACGUAAUCAAGUGUUUAAUGAACUCCCCUACAACCUAGGUCAAUUAUCAAACUGCAUAUCAAGGAUAUAAGAAUAGACUUUUAUUAUCAAUGGUAAAUAAAUAUACGUUUUAUAUUUUAAA